AUGACAACCGAAGAUUAUUCGUUCUCGAAGUUCUCUCAGAACACCUUCUAUGAAGGGCUGAACGCUCAGCUCGUGGAUAUGGCUGACCUCAGCAGGGAUAAGCGCAUUGUGGACCUUGCAUGCGGCACGGGAGGCGUGACGGACCUGAUUGUGGGGCGCCUGAACGACGCCCGCGAGUCGGUGGUCAUUGCAGUUGACCACUCGGCGAGUGCGCUGAAGCAGGCGAUGGAGAAUUUGAAGGACAGGCGCGAUGCCGCUAUUCAGUUCGUCCACAGCCAGGUCGAGGGGCUGUCCGGUUCGCUCAAAGAAUCGGUGGACACGGUCGUAUUCUGCAACGCAAUUCACUACAUCCCAGACAAGGACGCGCUGCUGGACGACAUCGCCAAGUCGCUGAACCCUGGCGGCAAAUUCGCCUUCAACACAUCGUUUUACGAGGGCAGCCAUCCGCCGGAGAGCGAGGUGUUCUACCGCAAAUGGAUGUUCAAGUCGAUCCGUACGCUGCGGCGCGAUUAUGGUUUGAGGCCGAGCAGGACGGAGAAGGUGGAGUCUCGCAAGCAGCUUACGGUUGAGCAGUACCACGAGCUUCUUGAGAAGCAUGGCAUGACCAUCGUGCGGCAGAACAUAGAGACGGUGCAGGUGCCUAUCGAGGGCUGGCUGGACAUCAGCGGCUUCCAGGACUUCAUCGAAGGGACGCUGCCGGGCGUGCCGCUGAAGGAGGCGAGCGAGGCGCUCCAAUCCGGUGUGCGGCAGACUUUCGACGAGAUGGAGAUUACGCAUGUGCCGCGAAGUUGGCUCGGUGUAAUCGCUGUGCGCUCGUAG